AUGUGCUUUUCUGCUUAUAAACGUGCCGCAGACACUGCGCUUACCCCUACGAAAGCCAGCAAACGGAUGCGCAUUCGUUUAGAGUCAGCUGGAAGAUCCUCGGAUGACAAGGAGAAGGAAUUAAAUGACCUCGGUUCUGCGUCGCAGGAACGCACAAUAAAGGAGUACGCCUACACUCUCCUUGAGAUGUUGGAACGGCUGGAAUACGACGUCGAGAAUUCGGAGGCAGAUUGGUUCAGAGAUAAAAAGGAGUUUGAGGAGACGCACAUAAGGCAUCUUCAAGAGAUCGAAGAACUACGGAUGAUGCAUCACGACGAACUGGAACAGUAUCAAGAUCGUAUCGACGAGUUGGAGGAAGACGUGCGAUAUAAGCAGGAUAUAAUUGACGUUCUCACUAACGAUGUCAGUAGGUUGGAGGAGGAAAACGAUAGACAUAGGACGGACAUUGACAGGAUGAUUGAACACAGCGUUCAAGAUGGUAUUGCACGGAGGGUGUCAUUUUCAGCGCUAAAAGAUACAGUAAUUGCAUGUUUUGACAAAGCUGACUUGGACUCCCGUACUUAG